AUGCACACAUCCCCAGUGCGGAUCUCUGCAGCCACCAUGAGCAACAUGACGGUGCUCGACAAUGCUGACCCCUAUGACCUUGACAUGACCUCAGAUGAGCCCAUCUACCCCAUCAGCUUCCAGGUUUCUCUGACAGGCUUCCUGCUUUUGGAGAUAGUUUUAGGCUUGAGCUCCAACCUCACUGUGCUUGUCCUCUACUGCAUGAAACAGAACCUCAUCAGCUCCGUCUCCAACAUCAUCACUAUGAACCUGCAUGUGGUGGAUGUCUUGGUGUGCGUGUGCUGUAUCCCGCUCACAGCAGUGGUGGUACUACUUCCUUUGGAGACGGACACAGCCAUUAUCAGCUGUUUCCAUGAAGCCUGCGUCUCCUUUGCAAGCUUAGCUACUGCUGCUAACGUCCUGGCCAUCACUGUGGACCGCUACGACAUCUCAGUGCGGCCGGCGAACCGUGUGCUUACGAUGGGCCGGGCUGUAGCUCUACUCGGGUCCAUCUGGGCUCUAUCCUUUUUCAGUUUCCUGGUUCCCUUCAUGGAAGUCAGCUUCUUCAUCAACUCUGGUUCAGACCUUGUGAACAUGACUGGAGUGGUCACAGUGGCUAAUCCAAAUGAGUAUUACACAGAGGAGGGUUUGUACUAUCACCUGCUAGCGCAGAUCCCUAUAUUCUUUUUUACAGCUAUGGUGAUGCUAGUGACUUACUACAAGAUCCUUCAGGCACUUAAUAUCCGCAUUGGUACACGCUUUCAGCACAACUUACCUAGAAAGAAGCAAAAAAGCAAAAACACAAUCUCUCUGAGCACUGCGACACAAGCAGAGUCAACGGAUGCUUCACAGAGCAGCACAGGAGUCAGAGCAGGUGGGAAUGCACCUUUGGGCAUGCGGGCAUCAGUGUCGGUCAUAAUUGCGCUAAGACGAGCAGUAAAGCGUCAUCGGGAGAGACGGGAGAGGCAGAAACGAGUCUUCAGGAUGUCUCUUCUCAUCAUCUCCACAUUCUUACUUUGCUGGACCCCAAUAACGGUGCUCAACACAAUCAUCCUCAGCACUGGGCCCAGUGAUUUAACUGUUCGCUUACGCUUGGGCUUCCUGGUGAUGGCCUAUGGAACCACUAUCUUUCACCCGCUCCUAUAUGCCUUCACUCGGCAGAAGUUCCAAAAGGUUUUGAAAAGCAAAAUGAAGAAGAGGGUGGUGUCUGUAGUAGAAGCUGACCCUACCCCAAACAAUGUAGUCAUCCAUAACUCGUGGAUUGACCCCAAGAGAAACAAAAAGGUCACCUUCGAGGACACAGAAGCCAGACAGAGAUGUCUAUGCUCACCAGACGUAGAGUAA